CGCAGCCAUUGCUUUCAGGCAGACGCUUUCUCGCUUCUCCUACUGUAAGAUCCCUCUAGGUCGACGGAAUCAAAAUUAUCAAAACCAAAUACCAAAUUUACACCCCGUAAUCUCUCUGCUUUUCGCAGCUGCUCAGAAUCAGAAGCAAUGGGGUGGUUCGGGGAGACCCUGGACUCCAUCAAGUCCAUUCAGAUCAGACAAGCUCUUUCCCAAGCCGUCACUCUCGGGUUGAUUGUGACGUCGGCAUUGAUUAUAUGGAAAGGGUUGAUAUGUAUGACUGGGAGUGAAUCGCCUGUGGUGGUUGUACUAUCUGAAAGCAUGGAGCCUGGAUUUGCAAGGGGUGACAUUUUGUUCUUGCAUAUGGGCGCGGAUCCUAUUCGUGCAGGAGAAAUCGUGGUGUUUAAUGUGGAUGGACGUGAUAUUCCAAUUGUUCAUCGAGUAAUUAAGGUUCAUGAGGACAAAGAUACUGGAGAAGUCUAUGUCCUCACAAAAGGAGACAAUAACUUUGAUGAUGACAGGAGCCUGUAUGCUCGAGGCCAGCGGUGGUUGAACCGACGCCAUAUCAUGGGGAGAGCUGUUGGGUUUUUGCCUUACGUUGGCUGGGUGACAAUUAUCAUGACAGAAAGGCCUAUAAUCAAGUACGUUCUCAUAGGGGCGCUGGGAUUGCUGGUCAUAACCUCCAAGGAUUAGAGAUGCAGCUGCAGAGAGCCAGAUACAAGUUUAUUUUCUGAAGCAGGAGAGAGAGAGAGAGAGAGGCCAGUUGAAUUAAAACUGUAAUUCACAUUCGAUCUUUACCCCUUACAAUGUUGCAAUUUGCUCAAUGAUCAUUUUCAUUUCUUUAUUUCCUUUUUCAAAUCAAAGGAAGGGGAAUGCGGAGUCAAA